AUGAGAAAUAUCAGUGAGUUUUCUGACGAUUUGCUGGUGAAGAUUUUGUUAUUAACUCCAAUGCAAGAUGUUAUGGCCACUUCUCUUCUAUCCAAACGAUGGCGUUACGUAUGGAAACUAGUGCCAAAGCUCGAGUAUGACGAUUCAUACAAUGCCACAGCUUCACAGUUUAUUGACACACAUGAAACCCUUGUGGUUUUACGCCUCAAGCAAGCGCUCAUUGAAGAUGUUCCUUCAUCAGCUUUUUUCCGGUGCCUCAAGACUUUGUCUCUUAUAGAUGUGAUCUUCUCAAGCGAUAAAACUGUUGAUAGGUUCUUGUCUUGUUGCCCUAUUCUUGAAACAUUGGAUGUAGAUCUAUGGAUACGAGAAGAGGUGAAGACAUUUGCAAUUUGUGUGCCGUCGUUGCAGCGGUUAAAGAUCAAGAACAUAGUAGGAGGUUAUAAAAAUGCAAGGGAGGGUCAUGGAUUUGUGAUCAAUGCUCCUUCUUUAAUUUAUUUAAAGAUUAUUGAUCAUUUGAGUGGAUUUUUCUCAUUAGUUAAGAUGCCCGAGAAGGUAGAAGCAAAUAUCCACCUUAGGCACUGUGAUUCUGAGGAGCUUCUAGGAUCUCUUACCUCAGCUAAAAAGAUUUCCUUAUGUCUAAAACCAAAAAUGGAUUCAUAUCAUCCUGAAUGCGACUUCGAUCAGCUCGUGUCUCUAGAGCUAUGUGUUAUGUGCUCCUUGGAUUGGUUGAAUCUUUUGCUCAGACAUUCUCCUAAGCUUCGAUUUCUCAGAUUCAAAAUAUUUGUAAGUUUUGAAGACUCCAGGUGCAGGAAUUCUAAAAGUGUCCGUAGUAAGUGGGAGCAGCCGAGUUGUAUUCCUGAAUGUUUGAUGUUGAGUCUCGAAACUGUUGAGUGGGUUGGGUACAAAGGAACACAAGAAGAGAAAUGUGUGCUGAUGUAUUUGUUAGAGAAUGGAAGCUUCCUAAAGAAGAUGAGUGUUAAAUUCUCACUAUCUACCGAGGUUAAAGAGAAAAUACCAAUGCAGAUGGAGAUAGAGUCCAUGCCAAGGAGUUCCAGCAAAUGUCGCCUUUCAUUCACCUAA